UGAGUAAAUUAUAAGGAAAAGAUUAUUUAAAAGUGGUCUAAUCCUUUAAUGCUGUUUCUCAGUCUAUUGCAAAGUCUUCAUAAAAACAUUUUAGUGAAUUGCGUAAAUGUGUCAUUUAAAUUUGCCUAUUUUGCAUGCAUCAUAUCUGCCAUUCUUAAAGUAUAUGUGCAACAGAUGAUUCAGUGACUCUUUCUGCAGGUUACAAUGUUAUGCCAGUAGGUGGCAGCAGGUGACUGUCACGCAGUGACUCACUGAAUCAUCCAGUCACUUCGAUUCGUUUCGAAAACACCGAUACAUUUAGGAAUUAAGCAACUGAGUGUCUUUGAGUCAUUGAAUCAUUCAUUGAGUCAAUUUGUUCAAAAAGACUAAUUCAUUGAGAAACUAAACAAGUGGCUGUCAAUAGUUUUGUUUGCAGACUGAUCGGCGUAUGACAUCAAAGUACCACGAGAGCAUUUGGAGAGCAUACGAUUCCUUAUGUUUUUGAAUCGAACAAGCCUAUUAUCUGUGAGUCAUUGAAUCACUCAUUCAAAUGAUUUGCGUGGGAAGGAAACAAAUGACUGAUUCAUUGAAUCAUUCAAACUAAUUGUUCAACACUGAGUCUAUAUAGUAGAUGAAAAACAGUAUAUGAUGCAAGAAGUAUGUCUGAAAAAAGUCCUCGUAUGGCCUACUUCUUCCGGCGAGAUUCUGAAGUGUGCCUACGAAGGACACUUUACUGUCCCAUGAGGCCACGAGAGAGGAUUUAUGAAUGACAGUGAAGCGACGCAACUGACGCCAUUGGUCACAUGAUAAUGACAUGGUGAAUGUAGUACAUCUGGAUUACAUUAUAGAACAUACUUUUUUAGUGGUCAUGAAGUAAUUACUUAUUCAAAAUAUGUACCUACCUGAGAGUAUGCCAUGUCGGACGCAGCAUGAUUCUUUUGGAUCAUUUAGAUUCAAUGACUCAUUCUGAUUUGUUUGUAAUGCGUGAUUGAAUCUUUAUGAAUGAUUUAUUCAAAUGAUUUGUUCAACACGGAUUCUUUCAGAAAAGAAAUGCGGCUGUCUUCACGAAUGAGUCAUUGAAUCAUUCACUUAUUUUAUUUGUUGGAAAUGCCGUUUUAUUCAGAAACAAAUCAGUGGGCUGUCAUUAAGUGUCUCAUUGGAAUCUGAUUUGUUCAACAACAUUGAUUCAUUCGGAGAAAGCCAGUGAAUCAUUCAUUCAGAUGAUUCAAAAUGAUUCAUACAGGAAGAAGACAAAGUAACUGUAAUAUGUCUAAAACAUGAGUUACUCAUUAUCAACGUCUUGUUUGAGAUGUUGUAUAAAAACUGUUUUCUGGAUCAUCAGAACUCGUGCUUGUGUGAUAUUGUUUUAUAAAGGAUAGUGUGUCUCAGGGGGAAAACAGCAAGAGGUUCGUUGUCACUGUCUUUCUGUUCUUCAUGGUCAGUUAAGAACGAGAAUAAUACUGGUGUUUUUUUGCAGAAGAGGUUAGCGGGUCUUAAAUCUACUCUUGGGAACGGCUUGUGUUGGAUGCGUCUCAGAAGCUUCAUGUAGGUUUGUUAAUGGCUGACCUAUUUCUGCUGCCAUAUGCUUCCUGGAAGGGAUUUGCUUUGAAAAAUAAAAGCCAAUGAUUUGGAUGGAGGAAGAAGAUUAUGAGCACAUCACUCCAGAAGAUCUCACAUCUGUUGAUAUGAACGUUGGGAAAUAGUCAGCGUUAUGUGAAGUGAUUCGUUUUCUCAUGUUUGUGAUCUUGAACUAGCCACUUUUGCAGGGAGUUUCUGCACUCUUGAAUUAUCAUCUGUUUGAAACCACUGCAUUUUUUUAUUGUGUUAAAGCGCUGGCGCAUGAUUAAUCGUAUUUUAAUUGUGAUCGCGACUCCUGCUUCCCUUGAUUAUUUAAGCAUGAUCGAUGUAGCCAAACAUGGAUCUCGACUAUAUUGUUUACAUUUUUGGUCACUAAAUAAAUACACUUACUCUGUCCUACAAUAUAAAGUCUUUUUUUGUUAACUUAACUUUUGAGAGAAGCUUCUUAAGUUUUUACCAGUUUUCAUAGAGUGUUGAAAACGGUUGGUGACACCAGUAUGUGUUACUCACUGGCAUUUUCUCAAUCCAGUUUAUCAGGAAACUCCAGUGAGAACAGGAACUAGCUGUGAUAGUGUCGGUUGUGUUUGAGGGCUCAGGUCUGUUUGUUUCUCUGAUCUCAUCUGGCAGAUCUUUGGUGCGAACUGAGCUUUAUCAUGAGAAUCAUCUGAGACUUCCUCAUUUGACAGACAGCGCAUGACCGAGUGUUUUGAGGAACUAGAGUUUGCAGAGCUCAGCUUCUCCUGUUAUAAUGGAGAACAUGUGUUUGAGGUGGAAAUUAUUUGGGUAGUUUUGCUCGGUGCAUAUGAAACUGAAUGUCUCGCUGCAUUUCCUCUUCUUCUCUGGCCUCUCAUGAUCUCGAGCGUUGUGUGACACCAUCUGUGAUCAAAGCAACUGCUGACUUCUUCACCAUUCUGCUUCAUCCUACAGCUUCAGAAUGUCGGUUUCCCUGAUUUUCCAGGGAGUCCUAAGCGAUGGAAGUGCUGCAGUGCGAUGGAUGUGAUUUCCGUGCAGAGUCGAACGAUGAGCUCAAGACGCACAUACAGGACGUCCACACAGCUUUCCUGCAGCCCACAGAAGUGGGAGAAGGUGAGGAGUCUCCCAGACGGUCCAGGUCAAACUCGUUAAACUCCCACAGCCAAACAGAGGACGAGGAAGACUUGACCAAUCACGAUUAUGACUCCUUGAAAAAGGAAGCAGGUAUCCACUCCUUUAACAAAGACCUUGGGCACUCCUCGGGUUCAAAGCAAGCUAAACACAACCAAUCAGCAAAACCUUCAAACAAAACUUCAACUUCAUUUUUUCAAUGCAAGUUCUGUGUGCGGUACUUCAGAUCCAGCUCUCUUCUCAGUGAACACACCAGGAAGGUCCACGGAGAAGCAAGCGAUGAGAGAUCCUUCAAAGCUUCCAAGCAGGCCAGCUGCAGCGCUGUGACUUAUGAUGGUGUAGGAACUGUCUUUUCCUGCCAGUAUUGCACUUAUAAAUCCCCACACAGAGCACGGAUUCUGAAACACCAGAAAGUGCAUCACAAAGAAGGUCAACCAGGCCACUCAGCUCCUCCCGUCGAAGCAGAAGUUCUGGAUUUGGACUCUGACGCCUCUUCCGUUGAAGGACAGUGUGAAGAGUCACAGGGGACUGUAGAACGUCGCGUGCUGGAAUCUAUGAUCAAACCCCAGUCUAAAGGAAGCUUUAACUGUGAGUGGUGUGGCUUUCAGACUUUGCAAAGGCAGCAGUUAGCCGAUCACAUGAUGAAGAAACACCGUAACAUGGUGAAGAUUAUGAUUUCGUUGCAACAGCCCAAAAUGCAGGACGGAAGUGCAGGAUCCAGCAAGUCUGAUUCGGCUUCAUCUAGGAGAAGCACUCCAACCUCCAAUUUAAACCUGAACGAUCUAGCGAGCAAUGAAGUUUCCUCCGCAAAUGCCUCGUCAAUCAAAGGAUCCUCUGGCAAUGCAUCACUCAAGUCCACUUCAGGGAUAUCAAGUUUUCAGUACUCACAGCUCACAGCAAAAAUACCUAACAGCACAGGAUCUUCCAUACUGUCAGAGAGAUCGACUUUCACCAUGUCAGAUAUGUCUAGGUCUGGCAUGGAUCUAGAUGCCAGCAUUCUGAAUGAUUCCAGAAGCAGUUCAGAUGAUGAACUCUGCGACUUGGAUGAUCCCCAUUACACGGAGCCAGCUGAGGAUUCUACUAAGCUGCUUCUGUCAGAAGAGGUUAAUGACCUGCUAGAAACUAAAGGAGUUCCAUUCAAAAGACACAUGAACAGGUUCCAGUGCCCUUUCUGCUCCUUCUUGACCAUGCACCGACGUAGUAUUUCUCGUCACAUUGAGAACAUACACUUAUCUGGCAAAGCUACAGUGUAUAAAUGUGACAAGUGCCCAUUUCUUUGCACCAACCCACUAAAGCUUGACGCGCACAAACAAUGUCAUGGUGGGUCUUCCGAAUGGGACACCAUGGACUUAACCAGUGAAAGUCUAGAUGGUCAAGGCGAACGCUCCGAGCCCGUGAAUGGUGGAAACGGCAGCUCAAAAAUCAACGGGAAAAAAUCCAAUGCAGUCGAGGAACAGCAGGGUCCUCAUCGGUGCUCACUGUGUAACUUCUCCACCAUCACACUGAAAGGUCUACGUGUCCACCAGCAACACAAACACUCAUACUGUGAUGGAACACAAGUCACGGGUCAAGAGGGUUUGUCUAAUGAGCAGCAAGAUUCUGAGUCCGAGUCCUACAGCUCCUCAAGCUUCGUCCAGAAAACUCAAACAUCAAUCCUUGGAUUUUCAACCAAGAAGCACCUUAUUGGGAAGACGGCAAGAAAGUCCAUCAACGAUUUGCCCUUGGAUCUCUCUCCUGUCAAAAAACGGACAAGGAUUGAUGAAAUUGCAAAUAAUCUCCAGAGCAAGAUUAGUCAAAGCCAACAGCACGAGGAUGUGAUUAACCUUGAAGAGAUGGAUGAUGACGUGGAGGAGAACGGCAAUCACGUUGAUGUAGAAACGAGCAAAGAGAGAGAAACCCCUGAUGCUCAAAGUCAGCACUACACAUUCAACACUCAGAAUCUUCAUGUUAGGAAUUCUGGAGGUCUUCAGGCAGAGCGUGGCGUUGGGAAAAGAAAGCGCAGUCUGCAGUCCAAACUCGGCUCAAGAAACAUUCCCGUUCAAGUAACCAUUUCUGAUGAUGAAGAUAAUUAUAGUGCCUCUUUGGAAUCUAAAGAUGCCCAAGAUCAAAGCAGUCAAGAUGGCAGAGAGACGUAUCAGGACACUGUUGAAUACACCGGGGAACCCGGGAACCUGUUCUACUGCAAACAUUGUGAGUACCAAAACAAGUCAGCUCGCAGUGUCAGCACACACUACCAGAGGAUGCACCCUUACAUCAAGUUUAGCUUCAGAUACAUCCUAGACCCAGAGGAUCAGAGCGCCGUCUUCCGUUGUCUCGAGUGCUUCAUCGAAUAUAACAACUUUAAUGAUCUGCACCAGCACUAUAUGACACACCAUCCAGAAGCAAGUAAUGUCUUGAACUUUAACCAGCCAGAUCUGGUGUACAUGUGCCGUUUCUGUUCCUACACAAGUCCAAAUGUGCGGAGUCUGAUGCCCCAUUAUCAAAGAAUGCACCCUUCAGUGAAGAUCAACAACGCCAUGAUUUUUUCCAGCUACAUGGUCGAUCAGCCUCAUAAAAGUGCUGCUGAGUCCCAAACACUACGAGAAAUCUUGAAUUCUGGGCCGAAGAGUUUAGGCUCCACCUCGUCUGGGUCCAGGUCAUCAUCCAGUCCGGCUCUCAAAAGCAUCUGCAAAACGCCAGAAGCAAACACUGAGGCUGAAGCUUUUCGAGAAGGUGGUAAUGUGGUGGUGUAUGACUGUGAUGUCUGUUCUUUCUCAAGUCCCAACAUGCACUCAGUACUGGUCCAUUAUCAGAAAAAACACCCAGAGCAAAAGGCCUCGUACUUCCGCAUUCAGAAAACAAUGCGGGUCAUAUCUGUUGACCGAGCACAGUUGUCGAGCAAUUCAACCUACAGCCUAACCAGCACCCCCAAGUCUUCGAACGCCAUCCUACCUGUGGCUCUGGAUGAAGAUGUUUAUUACUGCAAACACUGUGUCUACAACAACCGCUCUGUAGUGGGCGUUCUGGUCCACUACCAAAAGCGACAUCCAGAGAUUAAGGUAACAGCAAAGUACAUAAAGCAGGCACCCCCAACCCCAGGACUGCUGAAACUCAUGGAUGAGCUGCAGAUCGCACCCCCUAAACAGUUUCUGAAGCAAUUCAACAACAACGGGAUUGAAGGGUCAGGUAGUUCCAACACUAAAGGAUCAUCUGACAAAGGGGAACCUGAAAUGCUGUUCUUCUGCCAGCACUGCGACUAUGGGAACCGCACUGUGAAGGGGGUGUUGAUUCAUUACCAGAAGAAGCACAAGGAUGUGAAAGCCAAUGCCGACCUCGUCCGUAGACAUACAGCUGUGGUUCGGAGUCAGAGAGAGAGAGCGCAGAUGAUCCAUGCGGGAAGUUCCACAUCCACUGCAACUGUAGCUACUGAAGCAGAAAAAUCCAGGUCGUUGCGAUCUUUGAAGUGUAGACACUGCGUGUACACGUCUCCUUACGUGUAUGCCUUGAAGAAGCAUUUGAAGAAGGAUCAUCCUACUGUGAAGGCCACGGCCAUGACGAUCUUACACUGGGCUUAUCAGGAUGGUGUGCUGGAGGCUGGUUAUCACUGUGAGUGGUGCAUAUAUUCCCACGCUGAACCAAGCGGGCUGCUCAUGCAUUACCAAAGACGCCACCCUGAGCACAACGUCGACUACACUUACAUGGCCAGCAAGCUUUGGGCUGGUCCUGAUACUUCCACAAGCAGACAGGGUGGGAACUCUGAAACAAAGCAUUACCAAUGCAGAGAUUGCGCUUUUGAGGCAUGCUCCAUCUGGGACAUUACUAACCAUUACCAAGUAGUGCACCCUUGGGCCAUCAAAGGUGACGAGUCUGUCCUCAUCGACAUUAUCAAGGGGAACCAAGCACCUGAAAAGCUGCUCCCACAACUGGCCAAAGGACACGUUUCAACAUCCAGUCCGUUCAAUAGUCACCAGCAGGAAGAGACUGCAGUUGAAGUCAGUCGCCCAACACAUGAGCGGCAAUCUAAUCUCUCUCUGUCUGCCACCUCGUCUAUCUCAAACAACCCUUACCAGUGCACCGUGUGCUUGUCUGAGUACAACAGUCUUCAUGGGCUUCUGACCCACUAUGGUAAAAAACACCCGGGCAUGAAAGUUAAAGCUGCUGACUUUGCUCAGGAAGCAGACAUUAACCCCAGCUCAGUUUACAAGUGCAGACACUGUCCGUACGUGAACUCGCGCAUCCACGGAGUUCUCACACACUACCAGAAACGACAUCCCUCCAUCAAAGUCACGGCUGAGGACUUUGCUGAUGAUGUCGAGCAUGUACACGAUUUAGCUAGCGAGGGCGAUGAGCGAUCUAAAACACAGAGGCAGGGCUAUGGUGCGUACCGCUGCAAGAUGUGCCCUUAUACACAUGGCACUUUAGAGAAACUCAAGAUACACUAUGAGAAAUAUCAUAACCAACCUGCUGCAGACAUGUUCAAAACAACCGCCACGCAGUCGCCGGCUAGAAGAGAUGAUCUGGUUGCUGAAUGCAGCAGCAGCAGUGUGACCGAAGUCUCUGAGAUCUGCGACUUGGACCUCACGCUUUCCGAAGUCGCAAAGAGCGACAAGAACGCUGUGUUUAAAUGUCAGCUGUGCAAAUACUUCUGCUCCACCCGGAAGGGUAUCGCUCGACACUACCGUAUCAAGCAUAACAAUGUCCGAGCGCAGCCUGAGGGCAAGAACAAUGUCUUUAAAUGUGCCCUCUGCGCCUACACCAACCCCAUCCGCAAAGGCCUCGCGGCACACUACCAGAAACGGCACGACAUCGAUGCUUACUACACGCAUUGCUUGGCAGCGUCCAAGACGGUGGGGGAAAAACCGAACAAGGUGAUGCUGCCCUUGGCAUCAGAUGCAGAGGCUCCAGUGAUGAGCGAGGAGCUGAGGCUCGCAGUGGACCGAAGGAAAUGUUCGCUCUGCUCCUUCCAGGCUUUCAGCAGGAAGAGUAUCGUUUCUCAUUACAUAAAGCGCCACCCGGGAGUCUUUCCCAAGAAGCAGCCUUCCAGCAAACUGGGCCGUUACUUCACUGUGAUCUAUUCCAAGGAAGCAGAGAAGCCUCCUUCCACAGAGGAAGUGGAAAUAGUUGAAGUUAAGGAUGAGGUUGAACCUGAAGGUGACUUGGACUGGCUCCCCUUUAAAUGUCUUAAAUGCUUCAAGCUCUCGUUCAGCGCGGAAGAGCUGCUGGUGAUGCAUUACAAUGACUGCCACAGCAAGGAACUCAAGUGGGAUUUCGUCACCAUUCCGAGCCCUGCGGAAGAUGGGACGGAGCUCUACCAGUGCACCCACUGUGAAAUCAAGUUCUUGACUCUUCCAGAACUCGGCGUCCAUCUGAUGAACCACAAUGAGGAUUUCCAGAAAAGAGCCAUGAGGCUGGAAAGGAGAAAACAGCUUCAAAGCAAGCAGAGGACGACAGAGACACCAGAAGCCAAACCAGAGAAUAAGGUGGACAGCACACCUGCUAAGACUCCCAUCGGCUACAGGUGCAACUUCUGCGUGGAGGUCCACCCCACCCUCCGCGCCAUCUGUAACCACCUGAGAAAGCAUGUGCAGUACGGGGAGGCCAAGGAGGGACACGUGAAGCAGGAAGCAGCAGAGACGUCUGACGCCGUUCCCGUGGACGGAAUCACCAACGGAGACGUGGAGGAUGUGGAUGUCGUGAACGCCGACCCUUCGGAGACCGGCACGCCACCGGCCGGCGUCGACAUGGAGACCGAGGCGCCGGUGGAAGCGGGGCCGAUGGUCGUGACGCCGGAGCCGGAGAAGCCGCGCGUGGUUCCCGGGCAUCCGUGCGGCAUGUGUAACCGCAUGUUCAUGUCCAUGCAGGGCCUGCGCUCUCACGAGAGGAGCCACUCGGCCGUCGCCCUCGUCAACAGAGACGACAAGUACAGCUGCCAGUUCUGCCACUUCGCCUCGCCCUUCAGACACAACCUGGACCGUCACGUACAGUCACACCACGGCCAUCAGAAGCCGUUCCGCUGCAAGUCCUGUCCCUUUAAAUCCUCCUACCUGAGCCGCCUCAAGAGCCACCUGCACAAAGCCCACGCAGGUGAAAACACGUACAAGUGCGUCUCGUGUGCGUUCUCCACCACCACCAUCAGCCAGCUGAAGGAGCACUCGCUGCAGGAGCACGGAGAGACGCUCACGCUGCCCAAACUCAAAGCCGGAGCCGCCCUGCGCUCCACCCGACCCAGCGCCGAGCACAGCGACGAAAACACCCCCCUCGACCCAGAAUGCACCGAGUCGGUGGCGUAUCUGGAGCCGGCAGAUGUUCAGCAGCAGUUGAGUCACUUCCAGCUGGCGUCUCGAGUCCAGGCCGAUGUUCCGUCCAGCCCGUCCGCCUCCGCCCCGCCGCCGCCGCCGGACGCUCCCGUUCCUCAGGCCCGGCCCGACUCCAUCCUCACCUGCGAGUUCUGCGAGUUCAGCUCCGGAUACAUGCAGAGUCUGCGCAGACACUACCGCGACCGGCACGGAGGGAAGAAGCUCUUCAAAUGCAAGGACUGCUCCUUCUUCACCUGCUACAAGUCUACGUUCACGCUGCAUGUGGAAGGCGGUCACAGCAGCGGCGCGGAGGAGCCGCACAAGGACCUGCGCUGCCCCUUCUGUCUGUACCACAGCAAACACAAGAGCAGCAUGAUCGACCACAUCGUCCUGCACAGAGAGGAGCGCGUGGUGCCGCUGGAGGUGUCGCGCUCGAAGCUGUCGCGCCAUCUGGAGGGCGUCGUGUUCCGCUGUCACAAAUGCACCUUCACCUGCUCCAGCGAGCAGAACCUGCAGCAGCACAUCCAGAAGCACGAGGAGCUGAAGCCGUACCAGUGCCAGCUCUGCUACUACGACAGCAAACAGCUGCACGAGCUGGAGAUACACCUGCGCGAGGAACACAAGGUGAUCCGUAACUUUGAGCUGGUGGGGCGGGUGAACCUGGACCAGCUGGAGCUGAUGAAGGACAAGAUGAAGGACGCCAGCAGCAGCGAGGAAGAGGAGAGAGAGGAAGCCGAGGCCGUAGAGGAGGCAGACGAGGAAGAGGAGCAGGAGGAGGAAGAGCUGAUGGAUGAGGAGGAGGAGGAGGAGAAGCUUCCGGAGGAGACGAGCAGCCGCACACAGGAGGCCGCAGGUGUUGCGGUUCCGGAGUCUCCGGUGAAACGGUAUCCGUGCGAGUUCUGCGGCCGCACGUUCACGCUGAGCACGGAAUGGGAACGACACGUCCUUCGACACGGCAUGACUGUUAACGGCAACAAGAAAGACGGCAGUCCUCUUCCCUCAUCAGCAGCUCUGCCUCUGAUUGGUCCAGCAGCUGUGAUUGACAGGGGGCUGGACCUAUCCACUAACACUGUGGACGCUGCGAGGGCGGAUCAACCUGACCAAUCCAAGUGUCCGAUUCAGAACGAGGAAGACAUAAAGACGCUGGAGACCAAAAACGACCCUUAGGAGCGAAUCGAAAGCUGUAGAGAAACACGUCCGUUGGCUUAAGAAUGUCGUACGUUGUUUUUUCGUCUGUCUGUUUAUCGUUUGUUUUGGCUGCUUCACGAUUGUUUUCGGUUUUAAAAGCUAGAUUUGGAGUAUCGGUAGAUGUUUGUUCAGUUGCUGAAUCUUACACUGAAUUUUACAAAGUGUGACUUGGUCCCUCAGGACAGAUGUUGAUAUAUUGGUAACCAAUAGUGAAUGAAACCGUGAGCUGGAUAUUCCGAUCGAAUCUCGAGUCCGAAAAGCCAGAGAUUUUCCACUUUCGAAGCCCUUCUCUCAUGCACUUUUUGCCAUUCGUUUAAUACAAACACCAACGUACGUAAAGAAUCGAAUGUCUUCCGCCGCGGUGAACGCGCGCACUGAUAGUCUUGAAGACGGUGUGUCGCGCUUCACGUCCGUCACAGACGAGAAACGAGAGGCGAUCCACCUGGAGCGUUUGGGAUUCGGUCUGAAUAUGCCGACUGACGGUUUCUGUUUUUUUACAUUUUAGCCUUGUGUUAAUCUUCCUGUAGCUGAAUUCCUUGAGGAAUAGUUGUCAUCUUAUUUAUCUAGAUAAUCUCGAUUCUUUUAGACACGAUUUUAGAGUAUCAACACUUGCCCCAGAAAACAAAACUCGUAGCAAAUUGCUACUUUUUGAAGAUUUCGGCCACUUCCCGGCUCAUCUUGCACUUCACUUUAAUAACGAUUGAACGAUCAUCGUCCGUCGGUCCCGAGACGCGUUGAACAUCGAUGGGUCAAAAUCACGAGUUUCUGCCGACCUCAGGUAGAUUUUCCUCCCGUCCGUCAGUGUGUUUAAAGGAAUAUUCUGGGUUCAAAACAAGCAGCUCUGUAAUUGCGUUUCAAAACACGCCACGAGUUUUACACUGGAACAAACGCUCAAACAAAGAUACGAGAUUCAGUAUUUUACCGUGAUUUUUUUUUUGGCUUUGUAUAAGCUGAAGGACGAUCACUUCCGGUUCUUGAACUCGGAUUGUUCCUUUAAAAGAGGAAGAGACUCCCAGGCUUAACAAAGCCAUUUUCCCGUAAGGCUGAGAUUGUACGUGAUGGAAGUUGCUGCUCGAAAACCCCAAAGCCUUAUAGACGCGGAUGUUAGACGCUUCCCUCCCAGCAUCGGCUGGAUCCGUGAAGCGGAAGUUCUCGACGUAUCCAUCGUUUAAACACACACGACUACAGAAAGAAACAAACCUCUUCUUGGUACCAAAAGUGUCGCUUCCCAAAGUCCCAAAGCUCUGGUAGCCCGAGAUAUGAUUGUCUUUCCCGAGCAAUGACUGGACAUUGCGGAGGGCGAACCCAGCUGCCUUCUGGGUAAUCUGCAUGCCGUUUUGCAGCCGUGUAUAAACUCGAAGCUAAGUGUUUGAAACUGUGCUGUUUCAGAACGGGGUCUGUUCCUUUAAGUGUUGUUCUGAUAUUUAACUUAAACAAAAAAAAAAAAGAGAGAGAAGAAUAGAAAGAAAGAAAAAUACAAAUCAAUAGAUGACGUCUCUUUUUCGUUUUUUAGCUCUCCACUGUUCAAAGCUGUUGUAAAUGUUCUGGUUAAGAGAAAAAAAUACUAAAAAAAAGACCUUUUGUACCCUUAAAACCCUUCAUAAGGAGUAGCCCAGCCUUUCUAAAAGACGCCCGUGUAGAGAACCAUCAGAAAUAAGCUUUUAAGACUCUAUCGUGACACACUGGAUAUCUGUAUAUAUACGCUUUAGUUUUUAUGGUUUCCCUUUAAUCCUCUCUUCCUGUUGAAGGUGCGCCAUAGUUGACCUUAGAUCUCCUGCGUUUGGCCUUUCUUCUGUGAAACUCCUGAUGAUUUCUGAUGGUGGGUUGUGAUGUCGACUAGACUGGUUGUUUACAGUUUUAUUCCUUUGAUUUCUCUAUAUUCUGUAAAUAUUGUAAUUCAUUGUCUUUUUUUAACUUGGUAAUAAAGUUAUCAGAUAACCUAAA